UAUUCGCAGCUACCUCAAAAUCUCGAAAUCGGCAAUCCCAAUUUUAACCUUCAAUUUUUGACGCUUAGCUUUGCUUAGAAACACUAUAAAUUGCAUGACGUAUUUUUCCGGGCAACGAGUUUUGUGUUGUUGGCUUUUCUGAUGUUUUUAUAGACGUGUUGUAUACUGAUUUGGCGGUUUACCAACUCGAUUUCCAUACUGUCUCAUUCCUCUGGCUCUCACGCCUUCUUCCUAUUACAGGCGCAGUUUAAAAUUGGCUUCAUUCUUGCUCUGGUCGAAGACUGGAUGCUUGCUGCUUAAUAGUUACAAACCUAAUGGAGACGCCAUCGGGUUUAUCGGGGUUGUAUUGGGUCCACUAAAAAGCUGAAAAAUGAUUGAAAUUUGAUCUUGGAAGUAAGGGAAUUUCACAGGGGACUGAUUUGGGCAAUACAAUGGCCAAUCAUGUCCGAAAUGGCUAUGAAGCACUUCGGACUGCAUGGUCUCAUUUGCCCGCUUCAGAAGAGGAGACAGAGCAAGUGCCCGCGACGACGACGAACGGUGGAGGUAUGGAGAGCCUUGAUUACGAAGUUGUGGAGAAUCUUCCCUACAGGGAGGAACAGGCUCAAAGAGGAAAGUUAUACAUUGGAUACAUUGCAUCUGUCAAAUGGUUCUUUGCUUUACUCAUUGGUGUUGGUACAGGGUUUGCAGCAUUUUUUAUCAAUAUGGCAGUUGAGAAUUUUUGUGGCUGGAAAUUUGCUGCUACAUUUGCUAUUAUACAACACUCGUACCUUGCUGGUUUCUUGGUAUAUGCUUUGUUCAACUUGGCAUUGGUCUUUUCUUCAGUGUUCAUUGUAACACAUUUUGCACCUGCAGCAGCAGGCUCAGGCAUCCCUGAAAUUAAAGGAUACCUGAAUGGCAUUGAUACACCUGGAAUCCUUUUAUUUAGAACAUUGAUUGGAAAGAUUUUUGGUAGCAUCGGUUCUGUGGGAGGUGGUUUGGCACUUGGAAAAGAAGGGCCUCUUGUUCACACAGGAGCAUGUAUUGCCUCUCUUGUUGGACAAGGUGGGUCUACAAAGUACCAUGUCAACUCAAGAUGGUUUCAGGUUUUUAAAAAUGACCGAGAUCGCCGUGAUCUUGUAACAUGUGGAUGUGCUGCUGGUGUUGCCGGUGCUUUCAGAGCACCGGUAGGUGGCGUAUUAUUUGCACUUGAGGAAGUUACAUCCUGGUGGAGGAGUCAACUUAUGUGGCGAGUUUUCUUCACAUCAGCUGUAGUGGCAGUUGUUGUUCGUUCUUCAAUGGGGUGGUGUAAAAAUGGAAAUUGUGGUCAUUUUGGCUCUGGUGGCUUCAUCAUUUGGGAUAUAUCUGAUGGGCAAGAGGAUUAUUCAUUCCAAGAGUUACUGCCAAUGGCUGUUAUUGGGGUCAUCGGAGGGCUUCUUGGUGCACUGUUUAAUCAACUAACUCUUUACAUAUCAACAUGGCGUCGAAAUGUGCUACAUAAGAAAGGAAACCGGGUCAAGAUCAUCGAAGCAUGCUUGGUGUCUCUUCUAACGUCAAUCCUCUCUUUUGGAUUGCCAUUGUUAAGGAGAUGCUCUUCUUGUCCAGAUCCAAAAGAUUAUCCUGAUGCUGAUUGCCCUCGACCCUCGGGAACCUAUGGAAAUUAUGUCAAUUUUCACUGCUCCAAAGAUGGGGAGUAUAAUGACCUUGCAACCAUUUUCUUUAAUACACAGGAUGAUGCCAUCCGCAACUUAUUCAGUGCGAAGACAAUUCAUGAAUACAGUGCACAAAGUCUAUUGACAUUUUUGGUCAUGUUUUACUCCCUUGCUGUCAUUACAUAUGGUACUGCAGUGCCAUCAGGACAAUUCGUACCAGGGAUAAUGAUAGGAUCCACAUAUGGACGUCUCGUAGGGAUGUUUGUUGUCAAUUUUUACAGAAAACUCAAUGUCGAUGAAGGAACGUAUGCAUUACUUGGAGCUGCAUCUUUUCUCGGAGGUUCCAUGAGAAUGACUGUAUCUCUUUGUGUCAUUAUGGUUGAGAUUACAAACAACCUUAAGCUUUUACCCUUGAUCAUGCUAGUUCUUCUUAUAUCUAAGGCUGUUGGUGAUGUUUUUAAUGAGGGAUUUUAUGAAGAGCAAGCUCGUCUGAGAGGUAUUCCACUCCUUGAAUCAAGACCUAAACCAUACAUGCGCAAAAUGACUGCAAAAGAAGUGUGCGGAAACCAAAAGGUUCAAUUCUUCCCACGUGUUGUUAAAGUUGCAGAUGUAGUGGCAAUGCUACAAAGCAAUAAUCACAAUGGACUUCCUGUGAUUGAUCGUCGACAAAAUGGGGAAACAGCUGUCCUUGGACUCAUCCUGCGAAGUCACUUGUUGGUGCUUCUACAAUCCAAGGCAGAUUUCCAGCAUAUUCCUGUCCCCAGUGGCAUAAGGGGAUCCCUUCAAACCAGACAUAGUGUAACUGAUUUUGCAAAACCUGCAUCAAGUAAAGGUUUGAGGAUUGAGGAUAUUCAUCUUACCCGAGAUGAAAUGGAAAUGUAUAUAGAUCUUGAACCAUUUGUAAAUCCCUCACCUUAUAUUGUACCAGAAGACAUGUCUUUGACCAAGGUAUACAAUCUGUUUCGACAGCUUGGAUUAAGGCACAUCUUUGUUGUUCCUCGUCCGUCUCGGGUUAUUGGUGUCAUAACUCGAAAAGACUUGUUGUUAGAGGAAAAUGAAGAUAAUGAUGCUACGGAGCUCUCUGCAGUUAGUGUAAGGUAUGAAGGGCAUGAGAGUGAUUUCUCCAAAAGGCUCGAGUUGGAUCGCCCAUUGUUGAAUGAUCUUUUGACACAUGACUAACAGCAUCUUGGCAUCCUAUCCAAGACCCCUUUUCUUUACUAGUUCUAUAUGUAGUUUAGUCUAAUUUUUUUUUCAUUCUUCAUAAAUCUGUCAUCGGAUUGUGCACAUGAAUUCUGUGCACUUAUGAAGUUCCCGGAGUGCCCUUGUCCUAAGGGGAAAGAGAAAUUUUUCAUGUAACUUUUAGAGAAAGCAAAGGUUUGUCACCAACAUUCUUGAUGUAAAUCAAAAUCAAGGAGCGUUGAGCUUCACCAGUAAAGAAAACAAAAUUUCCCUCUA